CAGUGCUCCUGCAGAAACUGGAAACAGCAGUUUUACACCUUACAAGUUGGAAGAAAUCCCAGUCUGUAGUCAGAGCUCUCAUUUCUCUUCUCUACUCAUGUUUGGGCGGCUACUUCAGUAACAGGACAGAUUCGUAUGAAGACAGAGUCAGAGUCGCGGUUUCGUAUGAAAGAAAUUAUUUUGCUGUGUGGACAAAUGUCCGUGUGUAACACCACAUCAUGUGAACGGACACAUGAACUGCGGCGCAUGAAUACGCACGCGGCCGAUUUGUGGCUUGAACGGUGGCGCGCGCUUCCCUAUCAGAUCAGCUGACUUUAGGUAUGCGGAAGAAGUAAAUUAGAAACGUUAGCUGUCGAGAAAGCGGAGUUAAAAAAAAAAAAAGUUACAGUCUAAAUUAUAUACUAGUUAAAGUUUAAUUCUGUAGCAGAUCUGCUGUUGAUAUUUGGCAGAUUGUGAGUUGGCAUCGAGGGGGAAUGGCACACAGCGAGACAGGGGCUGUAGUGAAUGGAACUCAGGUGUCCUAUAUCGGACAUGAUUGUGAGCUCAUCCCAGAGUUUCUUGCAGAUAAUUAUGGAAGUUCUGCAAAACGACUAGAUCUCAGCUUCAACCGGCUCAGGUCACUGACAGGCCUGAAAGCGUUCAGCCAACUGGAAGAGCUGAUUGUGGACAACAAUCUUCUCGGAAAUGACCUCCGGUUGCCCAGGUUACCGCAGCUCCAUACCCUAACACUCAAUAAGAACCAACUCUCAGACAUUGAGGCCUUGCUUGAGCAUUUGCAGGAAGUGACACCAGCUCUAGAGUACCUGAGCUUGCUGGGAAACGAGGCCUGUCCCAAUCAGCUGGUCAGCCUGGAUAAAGAUGAGGACGAUUACCAGAGAUACAGGUACUUUGUACUGCAUAAACUAAAGAAUCUGAAGUUCCUGGACAGCAGGAGAGUGUCUCAGACCGAACAUCUGGAGGCGCAGGCCCGCGGCGCAUUCAUGAAGGUGGUCAAGCCCAAAACUGAGCAGGAUGUUCGUGAUCGCAGAUCAGACACCACUUCUAUGCCAUAUACUCCUUUACCAAGAUCCAAAGAUACAAAAAACCCCAAAGGAGUGUUUGCCAAGUGCCGUUACAUCUACUAUGGCAAGCAUUCAGAGGGCAACCGCUUCAUCCGCAAUGACCAGCUCUGAUGAACAGACGGACGGGCCAGGACAUGCAGCUGAGCUUUAUAAAGAUGUCUACCCGUGUGUCUUUAUUAAUAUCCACAUCACCACGUGCAUUUUAAGCAGCUGAACACAGCCCUCUAGUGCCUUCUGCUGAGUGCGCCAUCCCUGCCACCUCUCAUCUUUCUCUCACCGCCUGAGCCGUGCCACUCACACUGACAUUAUUGCCUUUAAGCAGCCCUCAUACACACACACACACACACACACAUCCAAGUGACUGUGUUGACAGCUACUGCUUCAUGAUGGAUUGCCUGAUCCAACUGCUACACUCUGCAGGUCAAAGGUCACACCUGAGGCUGCAGUGUGCCCAUGAGGACACACAGGAUGAGCCCUCCUCAAAGUCAAAGCUAAAGUUAAACACACAGAAAUACACAUGUGCGCGCACACUCGCAACACACACACACACACACACACACACACACACACCGACUGUUCAGUUUGUCUUUAUACAAAAACACAGCAUUGUGCAUGACU